AUGGAUGAACAAGCGCCUACCGACACUGACUCAGGUGUAGUAGAGAAAGAUUCCAGUCAGAGAACGUCGGCUAGAAAUAAGCUAGCGAACAGUAAAACAGCGGAUGGCAAACAAGAAGAUGACAAACAAGAAGAUGGCAAACAAGAAGAUGGUAAACAUGAAGAUCGUAAACAAGAAGAUGGCAAACAAGAAGAUGGUAAACAAGAAGAUCGUAAACAAGAAGAUGACAAACAAGAAUAUGGUAAACAAGAAGAUUGUAAACAAGAGAAUGGCAAACAAGAAGAUGGUAAACAGGAAGAUCGUAAACAAGGAGAUGGCAAACAAGAAGAUGGUAAACAAGAUGGUAAACAAGAAGAUGGUAAACAAGAAGAUGGUUUACAAGAAGGUAGUAAACAAGAAGAUGGCAAACAAGAAGAUGGCAAACAAGAAGAUGGUAAACAAGAAGAUCGUAGGAAAGAAGAUGGCAACCAAGACGAUGGUAAACAAGAAUAUGGUAAACAAGAAGAUCGUAAACAAGACAAUGGCAAACAAAAAGGUGGCAAACAAGAAGAUGGUAAACAAGAAGAUGGAAAACAAGAAGACGGUAAACAAGAAGAUCGUAAACAGGAAGAUCGUAAACAAGAAGAUGGCAAACAAGAAGAUGGCAAACAAGAAGAUGGUUAA